AUUUGGAAUGGAAAAUAAUUUACGUGGGUUCGGCCGAAAGUGAAGAGUAUGAUCAAGUGCUAGACUCUGUUUUAGUAGGACCUGUUCCUGCAGGCAGACACAUGUUCGUAUUUCAGGCUGAUGCACCAAACCCAGGGCUUAUUCCAGAUGCAGAUGCAGUAGGUGUAACUGUUGUGUUAAUUACAUGCACCUAUCGAGGUCAAGAAUUUAUUAGAGUUGGCUACUACGUAAACAAUGAAUAUACUGAAACAGAACUGAGGGAGAAUCCACCUGUAAAACCAGACUUUUCCAAGCUGCAAAGGAAUAUUUUGGCGUCUAAUCCCAGAGUCACCAGAUUCCACAUUAACUGGGAAGACAACACUGAAAAACUGGAAGAUGCAGAGAGCAGUAACCCCAACCUACAGUCCCUGCUUUCCACAGAUGCGUUACCUUCAGCAUCAAAGGGGUGGUCGACAUCAGAAAACUCGUUAAAUGUUAUGUUAGAAUCUCAUAUGGACUGCAUGUGACUAACCACCGUCGUUUUGGUACUGUACAUGUGUUAAACUGAAAACAACCAGAACUAUUUCCCUCCAAUUCCAUAAGUACAUAGUUGACAAGCAAUGUGAAGAACUUGUUUUAAAACAUCCUGUAGAAAGUUUAUAAAAAAAAAAAAAACAGUAUUUGAGCAAAUUGUGGAAUAUAAAUACAACUAUUUUUAAGUAACUGCUUUUUUUCUCUAAUGUGUUAUUGGUCUAAACCAAACCCAAUUAAAGUAUACCUAGUCUUUUCUCCCCCUCUCCCCUUUACCUUGUAAGCACUAUUAAAAGCGAAAAGCUGAAAGUUAAAACAUUCAGGCAAAAUCAAGCAAUAAUGACUUGUCCUAAUCUCUGAUAUUAUUAAGUGCCCUUUAAUAGCAGCUUAAGAACAAAGCUGUUAUU